AUGGAGUCGGUGCGUUCGCUUCCUCGAACUCCCGACAUGGUUACGCGGCAUCCGUCAGCCGAGGACCUGGACGCAGCGCAACAGUUGGUUUCAUCUGCCCAGGCUGGUCGUGAACAUCUUGCCGAUCGUACUCGUGACGACGACGCAUCGAGGAGACCGGAAGGAACCGUUCCUCAAACCUCCUACGACCCAGAACGCUCCCUCCCUUCCGUCAAGUCCCUCUCAGAGGUGCCUCCCAGUCAUCUGCCGUUGGAGAAACAGUCGCCGAAGUCACAGAAGGAUGCCGCUGUAUUUGGUCAUUCCUGCAGUAAUUGCGGAACCAAGAGUACCCCAUUAUGGCGACGAUCACCGACUGGGGCGAUGAUUUGCAAUGCGUGUGGGCUCUACCUGAAGGCUCGGAAUGUUGCUCGACCAACCAAGCGGAACCGCGUACAGACGAGCGCUGAGCCUGGUCAACCUCCUCAGCCGCAACAACAGCAAUUGCCAAUCCCUCCCCAACAUGAGACGCAUGCACCACAUACCGAGGGCGGCUGUCACGGGUCCAAAGGGUCGUGCCCUGGUGGGGGUAGCUGUAAUGGCACAGGCGGUGCGGAGGGGUGUGAUGGGUGCCCAGCCUAUAAUAAUCGGGUUUACAAAUCAACGGCGAGAGGCACCGUCCCCGUACAUGCCUGGAAUCGGGCGCCAACUGUCGAGAGCGAGAAGCCUCCCCCGCUACAGGAGCCUUUGGACACUCCUGGAAAGACCACGACGACGGGUGAGGGAAACAUGCUGGUGUCGUGUCAGAACUGUGGAACCACGGUAACCCCGCUUUGGCGGCGCGAUGAGAAUGGCCAUCCAAUCUGUAACGCAUGUGGACUGUAUUUCAAGUUGCACGGUUGUUAUCGCCCCACCACAAUGAAGAAGACGAUCAUUAAACGACGAAAGCGCGUCGUGCCCGCCUUGCGGGAACACUCGCCGACCGCCGCAACACACUCAUCGAACGGCUCUUCCGCAUCGCCUGAGGCCUCCCCUGCCGCUUUGGCUUACGCUCACGACGAUCAUCACCGAUAUUACAGUUCUGAGCCGAUGGAGCACUAUGCCAGCAUGCCUGCGGAGCGAAUUUCACCGGUCGCCCCAAGGCAGUAUGGCUUUGCGCCGCCGCCAGUCGAUUUCACGGGCUUCGGCUCCGGCGCGGUCUCCUUGCCGCAUCAUCCCCCACCCCCUAGAUUGCUGGAGCCAGAACGCAUCAGCGCCCCCAGCCACUCUCCGGUGUCGCAUUUCGGCCGACGAUCCCUGUCGCCUAAUCCCAGCAAUCCCAAGAAACGCACGCUCGCCGAGACCGCCUCAUCUGCAGAAGCGAUCUCCAUUCCGACCACUUUGGAGAAUGGAUCUAAUCAGCUGCCUCCGAUCAUGUCCUCGAUGAACCCCUCCCCUCCCGCACGCCUAAGCUCUAUCUCAUCUCUUCUCAACCCCAACAACCACCAUCACGACGAAACACGGUUGGAUCCAUCCCUUGCUGCGAUGGGCCGCCAGCAGCACCUCCAUCACCACCAACCUCAUCCCCCUCCUACUCUGGCCCCUCCUCCCCCUUCGCAACCCUUGCCUAGCGUCUCCGAGCUGGACGGUCUCCGUGAGGAGAGGCGGCUGAAACUGCAGCGAGAAGCGGAAGAAAUGCGGGAGAUGUUACGCGCCAAGGAGCGAGAACUAGCGGAACUGGGGCAAUGA